AUGCGGGGUUGGACAUGCAUGAGCCCUUAUCGGGCCAACCCUUGCUCCGGAACACCAUCUCUUCUUCUCGCCACCGGCUCGCCUCUGCGUCUCGACCAGAAAAGGGCAAAGAUGAGAGCUGUACUCCAGCGCGUCAAAGGCGCGACCGUGCAUGUCGAUGGCAAGCUCGUCUCGAAGAUCGGACCAGGCAUUGUAGCGCUGAUCGGAAUCUCUACGGAAGACACUGCGGCCGAGAUCGUACCGCUCGCGAACAAGAUUCUGAGCACCAAGCUGUGGAACGAGAACCAGGAGGCAUCACAGAUCACCGUCCCCCCGCAGUACGAGCCAAAAGCCUCUGGCUCGACCAGUGCGAACGAGUCGACGGAGACCGCGGCAGCAGCUACAAACGGAGAGACGGAGGAGGCCAAAGCGCGUUCGGAACAGGUGUGGGGCGGCAAGCCGUGGAAGCGCUCUGUGGUCGAGCUUGGAGGCGAGGUGCUCUGCGUCUCGCAGUUUACGCUGUUCGCACGCACUGUCAAGGGGACCAAGCCAGACUUCCACCGCGCUAUGGGCGGCAACGAUGCACGAGUGAUCUACGAGGCUCUGCUGAAGAAGCUGGGCGACAGCUAUGCGCACGACAGAAUCAAGGACGGCGCCUUCGGCGAGAUGAUGGACGUCUCGCUCACAAACGACGGACCGGUUACGAUCUUGCUGGACACGACCGAGAAGAAGUAG